GCGCGCUGCCUCCGUCUAUUACGGUAAUGUAAAAAAACGAGUGUUUMUCAGCUGAUAUGAGACGUCCAGUCCUGUGCAGCCGCAGACAGACACACUGCGAGACAGACUGGAAGCCCACCGCCUCACAGACUGAAGCGAAGCCGGCUGGCGAGCAUUAUCCACCCAAGAUGUUGGACAACGAGGAGAUUCUGCUGGAGAGCCACCCGCGGGAGCUCACCCAGAACCCGCUGAAGAAGAUCUGGAUGCCCCACAGGAACGGCCACAUCGGCCACAGACGGGUAUGUAUGACAAACUGUCCAACCCUCAUUGUGACCGUGGGACUUCCUGCCCGAGGGAAGACCUACAUUUCAAAGAAGCUCACUCGCUACCUAAACUGGAUAGGCGUGCCAACAAAAGAGUUCAACGUUGGUGAUUACAGGAGGGAGUGUCUGAAGAUCUACAAGUCCUUCGAGUUUUUCCGUCCUGAUAAUGAAGAAGGUGUUAAAAUCAGACGUCAGUGUGCCCUGUCGGCACUGAACGAUGUUCGUCAGUACCUGAGCGUUGAAGGAGGACAGGUUGCRGUAUUUGAUGCCACAAACACGACAAGAGACAGAAGAGUAACUAUCAUGAAGUUUGCUGAGCAGAAUGGGUUCAAAGUGUUUUUCGUGGAGUCAGUGUGUGAGGACCCAGAUGUCAUUGCACAAAACAUUGUGCAAGUUAAGCUGGGAAACCCAGACUAUGUUCACUGCAGUUCAGACGAGGCCAUCGCAGACUUCAUGAAGAGAAUAAAAUGCUACGAGUCGUCCUACCAGCCUCUGGAUGAGGAUCUGGACAGCGACGUGUCGUUUAUAAAGAUCAUGGACGUGGGCUGUCGUUACCUGGUGAACCGCGUCGUUGACCACAUCCAAAGCCGAAUCGUCUACUACCUGAUGAACAUCCACAUCACUCCACGAUCCAUCUACCUCUGCCGCCACGGAGAGAGCGACCUCAACAUCCAGGGACGCAUCGGAGGAGACUCCGGCUUGUCCGCUCGAGGGAAAGAGUAUGCCAAACGUCUGGGGAAGUUCAUUGAGGAGCAGCAGAUUAAAGACUUGAAAGUCUGGACCAGUCAGAUGAAGAGAACGAUCCAAACAGCGGAGUGCCUCGGCGUGCCGUACGAACAGUGGAAAUCCCUGAAUGAAAUCGAUGCUGGUGUGUGCGAAGAAAUGAUGUAUGAGGAGAUCCAAGAACAUUUCCCUCUGGAGUUUGCUCUGAGAGACCAAGACAAAUACCGCUACCGCUAUCCAAAAGGAGAGUCUUAUGAAGACCUGGUGCAGCGGCUGGAGCCUGUGAUCAUGGAGCUGGAGAGGCAGGAGAACGUUCUGGUUAUUUGUCACCAGGCCGUCAUGCGCUGUCUUCUAGCAUAUUUCUUGGACAAAACAUCGCAUGAGCUGCCUUAUCUUAAGUGUCCUUUGCACACUGUGUUGAAGUUGACGCCRGUUGCUUAUGGAUGUAAAGUGGAAAGUGUGUAUUUGGGCGUGGAUGCUGUGAACACACACAGGGACAGGCCGGAGAACGUGAACGUGCAGCGCAGCACUGAAGAUGCUCUACAAACAGUUCCAGCUCACCUCUGAUUUCUGAGCUCGUCUCUCGGUUCAAAGUCGUCUGGAGCCGUCAGCAUGUGAAAAGUGCCGUUAAGCUGAAGUUCUGUGUCUGCUUCCUCAUGGACACAGAAACAUCUUGGACUUCUACUGUGAUUUUUGACUUUUCUGUGUGCAAAAUUACAGACAAAAUGCUUUAUAUUAAAUCUGUGGAUCCACCAUUACUGGUGCUACAAUAA